AUGAAGUCUGUGAUUCUUUCUAGGUGGUUGACCGCCCUUUUGGCCUGCCUGAUCGUACAGAAUGUCGUCGCGAUCGAAGUUAACCCUGAUGAUGAGACUUCCCUCCAAGAUGCCGCCAAGACCGUGGCUUCGGCCAUGAUGAAGUUCUACGAAGACCGCGAUUCCAAAGAUAUUCCGGGUAAAAUGGAUGGGACUUGGUGGGAAGGCGGCUCCAUGUUCAUGACUCUCAUUCAAUACUGGUACUUGACAGGCGAUGACCAGUUCAACGAUGCUAUCCAAGAGGGAAUGUACUGGCAGAAGGGCGAGGACGACUUUUUUCCUAGCAACUACUCCCAAUACCUGGGAAACGACGACCAAGUGUUCUGGGGAUUGGCUGCAAUCACCGCCGCAGAAUUGAAUUUCCCCGAAAGAGACGACGAGCCCUCGUGGGUUUCCCUGGCCGAGGGUGUGUUCAACGGACAAAUUCCGCGCUGGGAUAUGACUAGUUGCAAUGGAGGUUUGCGAUGGCAGAUCUGGCCCUACCAAAAUGGAUAUGGAUUGAAGAACGCCAUUUCCAAUGGAGGCUUAUUCCAGCUGUCAGCACGACUGGCGUUAUAUACCAAGAACAGCACCUAUGCCGACUGGGCCGAGAAGAUUUGGGAUUGGAGUGCGUCAACGCCAAUGUUGAGAAAGACUUGGGUGAUUGCCGAUACCACUUCUGUGGCAGCGAAUUGCAAAGAUCAUGGCGAUCACCAGUGGACAUAUAACUAUGCUACGUAUAUUUGUGGCGCGGGCUAUAUGCACAAUUAUACCAAUGGCGAGGAUAGCAAGUGGCUUGAGGGUAUUACAGGACUGCUCAAAACAUCUGAUCAGUUCUUCCCUACAUCCGGAGGAAACCAGAUUAUAUCCGACAUCACCUGCGAGCCAAUCGAGAAGUGUGAUCGCAACCAGAAAACAUUCAAGGCCUAUUUCACUUCUUGGCUCGGAUUUAUGUCGCUCAUUGUGCCAACCGAAACCAUGGCGGACAUGAUGGCAAGAUUCAAGGUAUCUGCUGUCGCUGCCGGUCAGCAAUGCUCUGGUGGAAGUGAUGGGACACAUUGCGGAAUUCGCUGGACGAAGAAGGCAGAGUGGGAUCAGACAACUGGAUUGGAGCAGCAAAUGUCAGUGUUGGGUGUUCUCAACGCCGUGAUGGUCCCACUCAAGGCCCAGGGCCCUUACAACGCCGACAAUGGUGGAAAGUCCGAGAGCAACCCUCAUGGCGGCACCAAUACCCAAGGGUCUGUGGGACCUGAGCCCAUCACCACAGGUGAUAAAGCUGGUGCAGGGAUAUUGACUGCUAUCUUUGUUUUGUUCUGGGGUGGCGCUGUGGCUUGGAUGGUUAAAGGCGCAUAA